CUGAUUUUUGUGUACGAUUGGUCCUCGGGUGCCAAAACAAUCAGAGGGGAUGCUUGACUUGUUUUAAUUACCAGAUGUUGAAGUGCAAUGGGUCUUGGACGUGAGCAGGCAGAGGUGCUCUCUCACAGUAGUGUCAAUACUGCUGGAAAUACCUUUUUGAUGAUGUCUUUGACAGUUAGCGUCAGCUAGUUUUUUACAAUUUUUUCUUUCCUCCUUUUUUUCUCUCGUUCCCCCUCUCCCUGAAGCUGUUUUCUACCAGUGGCAUUUUUCCCCCCUUGAUGCGCCGUUGUUAACGCUCCGAGGCUUCUAAGAAUACCUUCAAAUGCCUCUUACCCGGGGGAGUGGAGCUCUCUCUUGUCAUUGUUUAAAAGGCCCUACAAGCAGCGAGACAAUUACUCUUACAACAGCCAGGCAGUGGCCUGAAAUCUCCAAAGAACAACGACAAACAGCGUCCACUGCAGGUGCCAGUGUCGGUGGCCAUGAUGAGUCCCCAGGUGAUCACCCCCCAGCAGAUGCAGCAGAUCCUCCAGCAGCAGGUCCUAUCCCCUCAGCAGCUCCAGGCCCUGCUCCAACAGCAGCAGGCUGUCAUGCUGCAGCAGUACUGUGCGAGGCCAUUUAAAGUCCAUAUGGAGAAGACAUGGCGGGAGAGCGAGACUACACAACAUCUGCAGGAGUUUUAUAAGAAACACCAGGAGCAGCUACACCUGCAGCUUUUACAACAGCAGCACCCUGRAAAGCAAGCGAAAGAGCAACAGCAGCAGCAGCAGCAUCAGCAGCAGCUCGCCACCCAGCAGCUCGUCUUCCGGCAGCAACUCCUCCAGAUGCAACAGCUCCAGCAGCAGCAGCACCUGCUCAACAUGCAGCGCCAGGGCCUGCUCUCCCUGCCCCCGGCCCCAGGACAGGCAGCCCUCCCCGGGCAGACCAUGCCACCAGCUGGACUGAGCCCAGCAGAGCUCCAACAGUUGUGGAAGGACGUGACCGGUGGCGGCCACAACUUGGAGGACAACGACAUCAAACACGGCGUCGGCGGCCUGGACCUGACCACUACCAACUCUUCCUCGACUACCUGCUCUACCCCUUCCAAAGCGUCACCUCCCAUCUCCCACCACUCCAUCGCCAACGGCCAGUCUCCCGCACUCAAUUCCAGAAGAGAGAGGGAGCGAGAGAGGGAACGGGAAAGGGAGAGGUACGGAAACUCAUUACACGAGGAAAGCGGAGCCUCCCACUCCCUCUAUGGUCAUGGGGUGUGCAAGUGGCCCGGUUGCGAGAGCGUCUGUGAGGACUUCGGACACUUUUUGAAGCACCUUAACACUGAGCAUGCUCUAGACGACAGGAGCACGGCCCAGUGUCGAGUCCAGAUGCAGGUGGUACAGCAGCUAGAGAUACAGCUUUCUAAAGAACGUGAGCAUCUUCAGGCGAUGAUGGCCCACUUGCACAUGCGGCCCUCGGAGCCCAAGCCAUCUCCAAAACCUCUGAACCUGGUGUCGAGCGUCACCAUGUCGAAGAACCUGCCAUCGGCGUCCCCUCCGAACGUACCUCAGACCCCCACCACGCCCAGCGCCCCCGUGACGCCCAUGUCCCAGGUGCCCCAGGUGCCCUCCCUGCUCAGCGCCGCCAACGUCCCAAGCAUGGGCGCCAUGCGUAGACGUCACUCCGACAAGUACUCCAUGCAACUGUCUUCAGGUGGUGACACAGUAUUUAUUUUUCCAGAGAUCGCCCCAAACUAUGAGUUUUAUAAGAAUGCCGAUGUCAGACCGCCAUUUACUUAUGCAACCCUCAUAAGGCAGGGUAUCAUGGAGUCGGGCGACAUGCAGUUAACGCUUAAUGAAAUCUACAGCUGGUUCACCCGCACGUUCGCUUACUUCAGACGCAACGCAGCUACUUGGAAGAACGCCGUUCGCCACAACCUCAGUCUGCACAAGUGCUUUGUGCGUGUGGAGAACGUGAAGGGGGCCGUGUGGACGGUGGACGAGAUGGAGUACCAGAAACGCAGGUCUCAGAAGAUAACAGGGUGUAGAAGCCCGACGCUUGUGAAGAACCUUCCCUCCAGCCUGGGCUAUGGAGCUGCUUUAAACGCCAGCUUACAGGCGGCGUUGGCUGAGACCUCCCUGCCUCUGCUGGGGAACCCUGGUCUGAUGAACAGCAGUUCGUCUGGUUUGAUGGGAGGCAGUCCUCCUGGUUUUAUGGGCGGGAGCCCCCAUGGGUUGAUGGGUGGUAGCCCACAUGGAUUCAUGGGCGGGAGCCCCCAUGGGUUGAUGGGUGGCAGCCCCCCAGGAAUGAUGGGCUGCAGCCCCCACAGCCUGCUCCAGUCCAGUCACGACGACUUGAACGGAUCGCUGGAUCACCUGGACACCAACGGCCACAGCAGCCCUGGAGGGUACUCCCCACAGGCACACAUGUCAGCGAUCCACGUCAAGGAGGAGCCGUUGAACAUGGACGACAAUGACUGUCCGAUGUCGCUGGUGACGACAGCCAACCACAGCCCAGAGCUGGACGACGACCGGGAGCUGGAGGAGGGCAACCUAUCAGAUGACCUGGAGUGACUACUGGAGUCCCUCCCACUACUACAGGCCCCUCCCUCCACCUCCGUCACACUGUCCUCCUACCUGUUUCCUCACAGGCUGUCCUCCUAGAACCUGCUAGAACCAGAACCACUCCUCAUCCAGAACCAAACAGAUCAAACAGAUCAGACCAGAGCUGACUCUCCUCCCUCCCGACCCGCGGACUGGAGUACUGGAAGACCASGCCCAAAGGAACUCUUUGUUGCAGCCCUUUGGGAUCCCUGACUGAACAUGACAGGCAUGAGAUGUCUGGUUUUUAAAACGACUUUCAGACCUGUUUCAUUACGAUGGCUUGGCCACUACAUACACACAGACAAACACAGAGGCUCAUGGACGGAAAACGACAAAAACACGAGUCUGGAAACCCGUUCUGUAGAAAGCUAACGGCCUCAUAUACUGCCAAAAAAGGAUGUUGAAUUUUGUGAAUAUCAAAAAACCCUCACAGUAGUUGUUGAUGUUAGAAACAAUUGCUGGUUCAAUUCAAACGUUGUUGCUCUGUCCAUCAUUUGCACAGGAGUAGUAUCAGAAAUUAGUGUCACUGCCUGUAUGUUGCAAAAAUUCAAMAAAAAAAAAACAGUAUUUUUUUUUCUUCUUUUUUGCGUUCUACUUUUUGUAUUCUGAUUUCUGGCACCACCAACUGUAAAUGCCAUUUCCUAUUUCCCAACAGUAACAGAAGCACGGUAUCAAGACUGUUGCAGCUGUCAAAAAAAGUAGGCUUCCAGUCUGAACCUGUUUGUGAUGAAAAGUAAUUAACGUGACAUUAAGUUUGAGUAACUUAACUGUUUGUGUAAGCACCAACCAAUACGGGGGGAAAAAUGCAUUUCUGCAUAUUCUUCUGCUGUUCUCUUUUACCUCCUUGUUCUAAAGCUUUGUCUACCUGCAAACAGUCACAGGCAACAGCUAGAAACCAAAGCCAACACUAUCAAUGGCCAAUAGCUUAGACAGAAGCCACCAGACUCUUUGGUCAGCCUUCUGUGACUUUAACUAGUACAAAGAGAAGCUUUCCACAAACUACCUUCUAAAUAACCUCUGGGAUCGUUUAAUUUAGCCCUGUACAAAGAUGAUUCAAGAAAAAAAAUUAAGAUUUUGAUGUGUAAUUUGAUAACUCGUAGUGUCCACUUGAAUUUUAGGGCGAGAGAGCAGUAUCUACCAGGACUAGAGAGAGGAGAGGAGAUGUGAUAUGUAGCUACAAGCUAUGUGAUAGGGACUGGUAGACAAGCAGCUAUACUGCAAAAGUGGAUCAUGACCAAAACAAACAUUUGUGUGUUCAAUGGAAGUGCAGAAAAUUGUGUUGUUGUGAAGAUUGUUUUUGAUUUCUUUGUUUUUGUUUUUAGAUUUUCCGUUACCCAUCAGGUCAUAGUUUUUUCUAAUCUAGUGAAUAUGUCAUGUUCAGUGGGACUGUCAAAUAUGUCAUGUCUUAUUUCCGUGCGGUUUGUUUUGAGCCGCGUUUAAAACCGAAACUGAAAACAUAGUAACCAAACAUUUAAAGUAUCUAGUAAAGCCAAAUAAGUCAUAAUUUCAAGUUGAUAUGAAAUGGUGUGGCUUGGUUAUCACGUAAAAGCAAAAUAAUAUAGCCAUUGUAGAAGAGGGAUAUCAAAGGUGAAAAUAAACAUUUUCCAGGGGAUAUUUGCUUUAUUCUAUAGUUUAAAUACUUCAUUACUUAAUUCAUAGCUUCUUAACUACAUAGAUACAGUCAGUGGUAGCGUAGGAGAAGCUAUCUUUAACUGCACUGAAUUCUGUAUAGGGUAGGCAACUUGAAUAUCACAUUUGGGAUUCUACUGGCAGGAACAGAACUUAGUGAUUGUCUAAAAAUAUAUUUCAUUUCUCUCAGCUAAAUGUCAUCUAGAAAAGUGGAUGCUGUUGCUUUAAUGGUCAUUUCUGUUUUCAGUCAAACCAAAGUUACACAAAAUUCUGCCUCUGGUUAUGGGAUACUUAUGUUAUACUCUAGAAAUGACACACACAAACGCUUUCAAAGGCUCACACACACACACACACACAGUCCUGUGUUUUCGGUCUGCCAGCUUUCCUGGUCCUUGUCUUGGUAACCUUCAGAUGCAGAAAAACAGAUACACUGUCAAAUAACUGACUGAGUUGUGUUGUAUUUUAACUGUCAGUGUGUGUCUGCUUUGUGCGUAUGUAUGGAAACAUACUCUGCAUAUGUUGUUUUCGAGUGUUGUGCCAAGCCAAAAAAAGUUGGCUGCUAGAGCUUAGCACACUACUACAUACAUAACCAAACACACGUUACACACACUCUCAUGCCAGUUCCACUUCAAGAAGGUGCUGGGCCCAGGAACAAAGCUUAUCCCUUAUGUACUUUGAUGGAGUCAGCAAAAUGACUAGAAGACGACGUUUAUAAUAGUCUUAUCACACCAAAUAUAAGGACACGGCGUCUUUCAAAAAAAGGAUUCUCCCACUUAACCCCAAAAAUGAAGGCUUUUCUGAAAGGUUCUACCUCUCUGCACAACCAAUUCAGAACAAUUAAAUGGCAGAUUGCACGUCGAGUUAUUAGAAUGCCACAAGAGCUGUUACACUAUACUCAAUGGACAUGGCUCAACGGACAGUUUACAUUCCCAACGUCAGAUAUGGAAGAAGAUUAGUAAUUGUAAUAGGUUGUCCUCAAACAUCUGUAGAAUGAUAAUGUAAAAAUACCUUUAAGGGAAUAUUGUGUUUUAAAAUGCAUGUCUAAAAUCAUUUGGUGGACUGGAAAACAAUCAUUAAUAAAUCAAAAUAAUAUAAGAAAUACAAAUGAUCAGGAUGAUGACCUAAUGCAUCAGAAUGCAUACCUCGGCUAUACUGUUUGGGAACGAAGAAACUGUCGGCCACAGAAUGCAUAUUACCUGUAGAUUUUGCAUGGGUUUUGUAAAAAUACAAAUGUCUAAAAUAGUUGCUUGCACAUAAUACCAGAAAGAUCCCAGAACUGCAAUCUGCUCCUCCACUAGAUUUUAGGAUUGUCUGGAUUUUCUGGGAUGAUUUCGUCUGUAUUUUGAUAACUGUGCAUACUAUGUAAAAAUGUUGGUGGACCCAUAAAAUUUACCAGACUUUUUUCUAAGCGAGAACAACAACAAACAAAAAAAAUCUGUGUUUCUUUUCUGAAUUUCAUGAUUUUUUACUGUUCUCUCAUUGCUCGCUAAGAAUAGCAAACCUGCUUUUUCUGCAUCAGCUUUGCGUAGCUGUAAGGCUUAACCUAAUGUGUGUAUUUAUUGCUUGUACCUCUGUGCAUACUUUAUGAAGCAUUAUGUCAGGCAGUUGAGUCCUGUAUACUUUCUACUAAUAUCAUUCUCUAAUAAUUGGGAAUAUUGGGACUGUAGCAAACACAUGUUUAUGUAAUUGGUGAAUACAUUUUAUGUUUUUGUUUUAUUCCUUUAUGACCGAGCUCAUUUUUGAUACUUUCAUUACCGUGUGCUGUGUCCAUGCGUUAAAGAUUCUCUGACAUUAGAAAGUCAUGGUUGAGAAUUGUAACAGACGUUAUUUUUUUUCUGUAUUCAUGGCUUUUCACUGCUGACUAAAAUAAAGGACCAAAACUAGGAUUUUGAAAAGCAA